GUGACGUCACUCCCACAGAAAAUUGGCUUUGUCCUCUGGAGUCGUCAGACGGUGAACUGUGCCCCGUAUCCUCCCCUAAAACUUUUAAAACCAAAGUUAAUUUUUAUUUGUACUAUGAGUAAUGCACCCACCCACAAUGGAGUAGGUCUAGAGCGGCAGUUUGCUGGUCUAGGCUUGGAGGGAGGACGAGACCACACUGGUCAACGUGGAGGUGGGCGCGGUGGCCGGGGAGGAGGCCGCUACGUUCCCCCUCAUCUUCGAAACCGACUAGAAGAUAUUCCCCCACAGCCACCACCAGGUGAGGACACCUCACAAAUUGAUACUUCAGAUAGGAAUUCUAGGGACGGUUUCGGAAGUUGGUAUGGUCCCCGCGGUUUCCAGAACACUGGCCGAGGCUGGGACCAGGAUAGGGACAGAGAUCAGUUCGGCAGCACAGGUGGACGGAAGAACGGGGAUAUACCGUCAAAUAACUACCAACGACGAGAUAACCGCGGUGGUGGAGGCGGUGGCAGUGGUGGUGGCGGCGGUGGUGGGGGCGGAGGCAACACUGCAAAUAGUGGAUUCCGAGGAAAUGACGGUCAGCGUUUCAGGGAGAAUGAUGACCGAUGGAGAGGAGGCCGUGAAAACCGAAGUGGGGGCUAUGAAGAACGCUACCGCGACGGUGGGGGACAGAAUGGUCCCCCUCGCAAUACUAGAUGGAUAGAAGAUGAACGCGAUCGCUCCUCGGGAGGUGGGAGCUCAAACAGCCGGUGGCAGGAUCGUGGAAAUGAUCGUGAUGAUUGGUGUCAGCCUCUGCCCAGGAAUGAGGUCUUGGAAGGAGAACUGUUUGCUAAUGCUACCUCUGGACCAGUGUCUAACAGUGGUAUCAACUUUGACAAAUAUGAUGACAUUCCUGUGGAGGCCACCGGUGAUGAUGUCCCCGUGGCAAUCGGCACCUUUGCAGAUAUUAAACUAACAGAAAUCAUUAAGAUGAACAUAAGCUUAGCUCGUUACGAUAGACCCACACCUGUUCAGAAAUAUGCCCUACCCUUCAUCCUUGCCAAGAGAGAUCUAAUGGCCUGUGCCCAAACUGGCUCUGGAAAAACUGCAGCGUUCUUGGUGCCCAUUCUUAACCAAAUUUACGAGCAGGGUCCUGUUCAGAUCAAGAACAAUAAUCCCCGGGGCCGAAGUAAGCAGUACCCACUUGCGCUAGUUUUGGCACCUACUCGCGAGUUGGCAACUCAAAUAUACGACGAAUCUAGGAAAUUUUCUUAUAGGGCUAGAGUGCGGCCUUGUGUGGUGUAUGGUGGUGCAGAUGUGGUCUCACAGAUGAGAGAUUUGUCCCGUGGCUGUCAUCUGCUUGUUGCUACACCUGGUCGUCUUGCUGAUAUGAUUGAUCGUGGCAAGAUUGGCUUGGAUUCUUGCAAAUACCUGGUACUUGAUGAGGCUGACCGCAUGCUGGACAUGGGUUUCGAGCCCCAGAUUCGUAGAAUCGUUGAAGAGGACAACAUGCCUCCCACUGGACAGCGACAGACACUUAUGUUCUCCGCCACUUUCCCAAAGGAGAUUCAACGCCUAGCACAGGAUUUCUUGGACAAUUACAUUUUCUUGGCGGUGGGACGUGUUGGAUCAACAUCAGAAAAUAUCACACAGAAGAUUGUUUGGGUCGCUGAAGACGAUAAGCGCUCCUUCCUCUUGGACAUCCUCAAUGCUGCUGGCUUAGACCGUCUGAAUGAAGCGACCAAGGAUGAAAAAUUGGCCAUGGGUGUACCCUCUCCUAAAGAAGAAUCCUUGACCUUAGUGUUUGUGGAGACAAAGAAAGGGGCAGAUGCUCUUGAAGAGUUCUUGUACCGUCAUGGUUAUCCAGUCACAAGUAUCCACGGGGACCGCAGUCAACGUGAGCGAGAGGAUGCUCUCCGUGUUUUCCGCUCGGGCCAGUGUCCCAUCCUUGUUGCCACUGCGGUUGCAGCUCGUGGUUUGGACAUUCCACACGUUAAACACGUCAUCAAUUUUGACCUACCUUCAGACAUAGAAGAAUAUGUUCACCGAAUCGGUCGUACUGGCCGUAUGGGCAAUCUUGGUCUUGCCACAAGCUUCUUCAACGACAAAAACCGUAACAUGGUUCGUGACUUGGUGGAGCUGUUGCAGGAGGCCAAACAAGAGUUACCCAAAUGGCUUGAGGCAAUUGCAUCGGAGUCACGCUGGGGAGGUGGAACUGGCAGGGGACGCAGCAGUGGCGGGAAGAGAUUUGGUGGCGGUUUUGGCUCUCGCGAUUACCGUCAAGUGGAUCGCAACAAGGGGGGCCCUCACACUGCUGGUGGCCCUGCACGCCCUGGUGGUACAUUCAACAGCUUUGGGGGAGUGAAUAUUUCAGCGGCACCUCCACACUUCAAUCACUAUGGAGGGUAUGGAGGCUUCAGCGGAGGUGGCGGUGGCUACAACAAUUACAACACCUCCGGUGCUUCAGGAACGGACUGGUGGGGAAACUGAACUCCGGCAGCGGAGACUCCGGCACCGUGCCACGUUGUGCAACACUUGUUACAUCUGGGAUUAUACCAUUAGUGGAAGUGCAGUGUUUGCUUUUUUCUUUUAGUUUAGAUGGGUCGUGUAAACCCUUAUUAGUUUAUAAGGCCACUUCUGCCGUGGCACCAAGCGUUUAUUGAUUGGCAGUUUCCCCUGUACUGACACGAGUCAGUGUUAAGUCUUUGACUGGAGCAAUGCUUGAAAAUGGAUAUUAUAACUGUUUACUUGAAAAAAACUGUUUCUAGAGUUGUGUAUUGCUCCAUCCUUGUACCCAGUAACAAGUGACCACAAAGUGGCAUUGAAAAAAAAAAGUUUCAGCAGCAGUCAAACUUUUUAAGUGUUAUCAUUAUUCAAACCCUGCUGUCUGAAAAUGUGACGAGAGUCACGUUGAUGCGGGGUUCUCUUUUAAAACUUGAAAUUUUCUUGUGUCACAAGCUUGGAACUUUUCUCUGAAUAUGUUGACCUUAGACUGAAGGCUCAUUUGUCUUGAUGUUUACUGCCUGGAAGUCUGCAUCACAACCCAAAUAUUGACGUUAUUUAGAGAAGAAACUUGGACGUUUCUUAUGCUUUUUUGUGUGAUAAUUAGCAUCGAGAGAAGGGGUUGAAUAGUAAUAAUGUCGCCUCGUCUCUGAACCUUUAGCAUGGAGUACGUACCAUGUUCCACUGUGUAGCACUGAAAAUGUAGACCCUUUUUUGAUUGUAAGUUACAAACAUGAUGCAGAAACUGAGGUCAAUUGUGAGCCGUAAUUUAUCCCUAAAAUGCCCCAAAUGUCAAGGUUGGGCUGCUGUUAACUUUUGUGUCUAAUAUAUAUAUUGUAGCGGUGGUGUUGCCGGGCGAAGUAAGGUGAACACAGCCUCGGCCAGAUUUACAGCAGAGGGAUAGCUAUGUAGUAUUUGAACAUCACUGGACCGCCCAGGCAACAGCAACGUGCACUGUUGCGUUCAUUAAGGUAUUAUAAUUCUAGAAUUCUGUAGCAUGGCUUUUGGGAAGUUUAAUUGAUCAUUUGAUAUUUUGCCGUCCCUUUUGAUUGUAGUAAUGAACGAGCCUCUGGAGCAGCUGUGGAUGCAGUUAUUUCAGAUUUACUUCUCGUUGCUCGGAAGAAACUUUAAAACUUUGUAACUUGUCCGGAAUACAUUUGGAGCACUUCCAAAUGAGUUAUGUUUUAAAUACUUGAAGGAUGGAAUCCUUAAGAGGCUCAGUAUGGAGAUGUGUCUUUGUCUCUCCUCCUGGAUUUUGAAGACCCACCAUAAUUUUUUUUUUUAAUUUAUAUAUAUAUAUAUUUUUUUUUUACUUGAGUUCGGUUGGACUUGGGUGCUGGAUACAGCAUCCUCUACACAGUAGCGGCUGAAGCCGCAACACAAAUGGCUACAGCAUCACUCAAGCCUGGUCUCCUGAAGGCAGUGGCUAGCAUGUUGCAGUAAUGAUCCAUCCCUGAGUCAUACAAAUAACUUGACUAAUCUCAGGGUAUAGGCCUACCCAGUGUUCGACAAAUGUGUUCCUGUCUAGUAAUGUCAUAAACUGGGCAGGGAGACAUUGCUGAUCAGCAACAGCAGUGUAUUGAUGCAUCUCAAGUAGAAUUGCUGUGGCACAUUGCAGCCUUCUUAGAUAUUAAGUCAAACUACCUGUAAAUUAUGAGAAGGCCGUGAGUGCCUGGACUCACUUUGGCGAACACUGCCAUUAUUACUGUGAUAUUGUUUGAUGCCCGUGACAUAGCGGGAUUGAGUGCGGGGCCAGGUUUGGGUUGUGGCAGAGAACGCCCCCGGCAGAGGGCUGCCAGCUCUUCCCUGGCAUACGCUAGCAGGGUUGCAGCGAGUUCUGAUGAUAGUGAGACAGAGGUACAGCCCACAUUCCACUUUUAUCAUGAUCCUCCACAAAAUGUUUAUAUAGUUAUACCUGUAAUCUCAGUCAUAGUCUGAGUAUUGCCAAAGAUUGUUAGUUUGUAUGUUCAUGUACAAAUGUUGUCUUUAUUUAGUGAUCCAUAUUUGUUAUUGUAGAUGCUGACAUAAGCAGUCCUGCUUAUGCUCACCUCAGACUAACUCUAGUCGGUGAUGGCGCGCUGUUCCUCAGAGUAAACAGGCAGGAGUGUGUGUGUGAGAGUUGAAAGAAUUUGGCUCCUGGUUCCCAGUGAACAAAACUAAUUGCCCAUAGAUCUGAGUGUUUGGGCAUUUCUCAUGUUGAUAUCUCAUCAGCUGCUUGUAACUUGUUGGUGCUAGAUUUUAAUAUUAUGUCCAGGAGCUUUGAUCAGGUACAAAGUUCAUAGCACAAUGAUCUGUCAUGGAGAGAUUAUGUGUUCAAAAGUAAUCUGGUGUUUUAAUAUAAGCACUGCUCCUGCAGUGGGAUGCUGCACUGUUAGCUAGUAUGUUUAAACAAUAAAAUUGUGCAAAAUUUAACUUUUAGUGGUACAAUAAUUUAUAGUUAAUGUACAGAACCAUGCAUUUUAUGUAAUGGCUUGUGUGGGAUUCUAGCCAAACAAGAAAAUAGAUUUUUUCAGAUUAUAUAAUACAGUGUACCAACAUUAUUUGAUGCCUGGAGCAUCAGGAAUGCUUUAUCCAAGUGACACUUACAGCAUGUGGAGAUACACCAGCAACCCGCAUAGGGGUUGUGGGGGGGGGGUGCCACCCACCACUGCUGCUGCACUCGACCAACACAACGUGCGCUCCAAAAUAGAUGCAGCAUUGACGGUAAUCAGUGAUGUGUAUGUAAUACAAUUAAAGCACUGUGUUGUGGGUGGGUUGUAAGCAGUGGUGCGAGGCUCCAGGGAUCAACUUUCCACCAAGGAAGAGCAAUGUCAUCUUCCGGGCCCUGCGAGAGCUUCUGAUUAGCUCUUCCGGGAGGUCAGGAAGGGGUCCUCAACAUUUCCCAUGGAAAGAAAGUGUACCUAAUAUUGGGGAAAUAUACGGGGGGGUCUCUGCGCCAAAUAUUGUGUAGAUAAAAUGUAUUGUCUUUUUAUACAAGAUUGCAAGCUAUUUUUUAUUUCUCUCAUUUCUAGAGAUUUAAGGAGAGAUCUCACAUUGAUAGGGAUGGCAAAUUGAAGUCUACUAUUAUUAUAUUCACUCUGGCAUUUAGAACAUUUAUGAAACUAGAGAAUGUACUCAAGCUUUCUUAAAAUAUAAUAAAAACAGCAAAAUAUA